AUGGCUCAGGAAAUUGAUUGGUUAAACAGCCAAGCGGGCCUGUGCCGCGUCGACUUGUACAAGCACGACGUCCCCAAAGACAAGGACUGUGAAGUGGUUUGCUUUAUCGACGUCUCCACCCUGAACCCGAAGGAGAGGGAUCAGAAUAAAGCCAAGAAAACCACGAGCCAGUCCAGUAUCGUUUCGGUUUCCUCCAACGACUUUGACCUGGCCUUGGAGAACCUGGAAGAGAAAGACGUCAUUGUCAUCAAGGACAAUGAACGGAACAAUGCCAUCAACACGGUCUGCCUUUUCAAGCAAGGCUCCUCCGAGGAAGCCAGCGUGGCGAACUGGCUGAACAACGACCUCCAGAAAUACGCCGCCGGAUUCAAGCAGGCCCUGUCCAAUUUUGAACCUCCCCGUAAACCUAAGCCACCAUUGCAUUCAUUGGUUGCCGACAAGUUGUCCCAGAACGCCAACACUUCUUUCCAGGGUUCGGAUGGCAACCUGCUCCUGAUUCCUGAGUUUGCCCACCGGAGCCGCGGCUGCUCUGGUGUCGUUCGGUUUCACCGAACAACCGGGCGGAGGUGUUUUCUUUUCGUGACUGGGCAGGAUGGCAGCGAAGCGAAGCAGGAACCCGAUUUCCUGUCCACCAUUGAAGGGCGGGAAUUGCAAAGCGUUCGGCCAGCCCCACAACCAAAAGAACUUGUUAUUCCCCUGAUCCAGAAGAACCAGUGGAAGAAGCCAGUGGGCUCUGUGCCCCUGCAGGAACAGGAUGGGAUCAACGGUGUUGAGGCCCAAGCCGUCAGAGAGCUCAUUGAAGAAUCAAAGAAGUCACAGGAGCAAUGGGAGAGCGGCACCAAAGUGGACCCCGCAUUUGCCAUCCCUCUUCUCAUGCAGAACCAUGUGCCUGAUGGCUACGAGGAGGGAGAGAAAGUGGAUGUGAGCCUUCGCCCGGAAUCGUCAACCGAUGCAGAUUAUGAGGAGGUGCCAGUGGAAGCCUACGGCCUUGCCAUGCUGAAGGGCAUUUGCUUGAAAGCAGGCGAGGGCAUCGGGCGGACCUUUAAGCAGGAUGUGAAGCCCCCGGAGAAUUGCCUCCGGCCCAAGGGCCUGGGCCUUGGCACAUCAUGCUAG